AUGUCGCCUGUCAUCCUUCUUGCUCUCGGUGCCCUGGUGGUCUCGACAAGUGCAUUCGGUGUCAAUAACGGCAACGGCAUCAACGUUGGAGGUGGUUUACCUGGGAUGAAUAACGGUGGAGUUGGAAACGCCCUUGGAGGUGGCCUACCUGGAAUGAAUAACGGCAUCAACGGCGUUGGAGGUGGCCUACCUGGAAUGAAUAACGGCAUCAACGGCGUUGGAGGUGGUUUACCUGGAAUGAAUAACGGAAUCGGUGGACCUGGAAAUGGAAUGAACAACGGAAACAGAAAUCCUCCCCGCGUCAGGUCUCUGCACGUCACCUCGCAGAUCAAAUACCGGUUCGCCUCCACCCACAUCAGCAGCCAGCUCGCCAACGACGGGGAUCUUCCAAGCGAGGCUGUGUUUGAUGUCAUCAUUCCUAGUGAGGCCUUCAUCUCAAACUUCUCUCUAGAGGUAGACGGCAAGACGUACACGGGAGUUGUCCGGGAAAAGACUUCAUCCAGCAGUGUACGCAUUAAGACCAGGAGACGUGGUCAGUCUGUAGACAGCCAACACAAGAUCAGACCACGGAAUACUAACCGUUUCACAAUUGGCGUGGACAUUGCACCAAGGUCCGUGGCCACCUUCCAUCUGACCUACCAAGAGGUACUUCAACGCCGGCUGGGUACAUACAAGCAGGUGACGUACCUCAACCUGGCCGAACCCGUACCUGACCUCAGGGUAGAUGUUGCCAUCCAGGAGUCACGUGACCUCACUUACCUCAAGGUUCUACCCAUCAAAAACAGAAACCUGGUGACCGACGUCGACAUAACUGAGAUCAGCGCCGAGUCUAUGGUAACCAUGCCGACGAAGAACACAGCAUAUAUCCGCUACCAGCCUUCCACAGCAACUCAACAGAACGCCAGCGCCGGAGGUCUCCCGACAUCCGUUGUUGUGGAGUAUGACGUCAGUCGGGGCAAGGACGCCGGGGAUGUACUUGUUGUAAACGGAUAUUUUGUUCACUUUUUUGGCCCCAAGAUCGACAAUGCUGUGUCGAAAGACAUUCUAUUCAUUCUCGAUACCAGCUCUUCCAUGGCCAUUCGGAAGAUGCUACAGCUUAAACUCGCCAUGACAGCCAUUCUGAAGGAUCUUCGCGCCGGCGACCGCUUCAACAUACUGGAGUUCAACACGGAGGCGGACCUCUGGCAGGACAACCAGCUGCUGUCAGUGUCCGAUGAGAAUGUGAAGAUAGCUGUUGACUACGUGUCAAAUCUGUACUCCAAUGGAGCUACUAACAUCUACGAAGCUUUAAUCAACGGUUUGGAGUUCAUGAAUCAGUACGCUAGUGAAAAUAGGUCACUGUUAAUUUUCUUGACCGACGGACAAGCUUCAACAGGAGUUACUGGAAACGAAGCCAUCUUGUCGAACGUUAGAUCUCGUAACAUCUACGAGAUUCCGAUUUACAGUCUCGCUUUUGGGGACGACGCUGAUUGGUCAUUCGUAAAAACAGUCGCCAUUCAGAACAAUGGCGUGGGAAGAAGAAUCUACGAGGAGGCGGACGCUGCUCUUCAAAUUACUGAUUUCUAUAAAGAAAUAGCGACACCUAUUCUAAGUGGAGUAGAAUUUACAUAUUUAGAAGAUGCAGCAAAUGAGACAACUGUGACGAAAUCGUCCUUCAAAAACCUCUUCAAUGGUUCAGAGGUUGUGGUUGCUGGGAAACUAGCUAAAGAUGAUGUUGGAGUUCUCUCCCUUGUUGUCAGUGGCAACAAUGACGGCGAAAUUGUCGACUUGAAACUCAAAGCCGGUGUAGAUGAACUCAUUCCAGCUGAUGAAACUGAAAGGCAAAUUGCAUUUACACCAUUCGAAGAGUACGAAGGAGCAAUGGACCCAGGCCAAAAAGCAAGUUUGAAGAGAAAGGCCGUUGAAAUGUCUCUAAAGUAUAACCUCGUGACCCCACUGACGUCAAUGGUCUUGAUCCAGUUUGAUGGUGACGUUUUUGAGGAGCGCCCCCUACAGGAGGAAAGCGAUGCUACUGAGGAUUCGUACGGUCGUGGCGGAUGGAGCAGUCGAGGUGGUCGGGAUCCACACUUCAUGCUGAAGACAGCAUGGCUGGAUGAUCAGCUGUGUUUCGACGUCACUGGCAAGCCACAUGAUGUGUUCCAAAUCAUUAAGGAUCCAUUGCUCGGCUUGACCAUCAACAUCCAGGUGAACCGUGACCACAGCCCAGGAAGGACAUACAUUGUGAAGGUCGCCGUCAUGCUGGACGGUCUGGCGCUGACGGCGACGCGAGGCGACAUCAGGGUAAACAAGUGGAGGUAUGAGUGGACUGAUGACAUCAUGCACAAGAUGCCACAAGCAAAUAUCACCAGUCAGCACAAUGUGAGGUCGGUGAGGGUCGGGCUGAAGGGAGGAUUCACUGCGACCAUAUUCAAGCAUGUUCCCAGGAACUCAGGGGCUGGGGAGGAGUUUCUCAACAUAGAGCUAGAUAAAGAAGGGAAACUUUCCAGAAACACCACGGGGCUGCUUGGACAGUUCAUCCAUAAGAGGCUGAAGAUGAAGCGCCCGAGAAGAGUUGGGGACAAGAUUGUGUCGAAGCUAGAACUCCAUACACGGAAAGGCGUGGCUCGGGGUCUCGCUGAAUUGCAGAUGCGACGAGAUCCAGUCUUUGAGACAAUGUCUCGGUGUUGGGAGGUGCACCCUGGGAAGGAGGGCUUUGCACUGUCACAAAAACAUUUCUUAGUAAAAAGUAUCAAAUCUAAAUGACGCUCAACAAGACAAGAUUUGUGUGUAAAACAUAUUCAGAGAGAUUAGUGGUGGUAGUGCUGGUGGUAUUUAGUCAUGACGACGUGACGCGUCACGCCUUGGUCCAUGUAUCUGUGAUUCAUUUGUAGGCACACUUCAAUCUCGGGCCAGUAACAUAUUCACAAAUUAUGGCCACAUCGUUAUCACAAUAUUUACAACUGUACAUAGUUACAAGCCGCAGGGAGACAAUAUGGCGCUGGUCAGAACCACCGGACGACGUGGUGCACCAGUACUGAUAACAACUCCCAUCCUAUAGUCACCAUUGCUCAUGUGAUAUUACAGUUGUCACUCCUGUGGUGUGGAUUACAUACCCCCUUCUGUGCAGCGACAUAUAGGGUUCCAGUAUAUACAGAAUAGUAUAAUAUAUACGUGUACAAGCCGGACAAAAUUGAAAAAAGAACAAUCUUCUGUACUUUUAUGCAAUGCUCUGACCAUUUAAUUUCCUUGUCAUUAUGUGUUGCCAAACAGACGUGUAUUUGAAGGAUAUAUUGUGAGAUGUCGUACUGGCAAGGUAUUGCAUGUAAUAUUAUGUUAACAUAUGUGAAACAAC